AUGUGGGUGGCGGCCACAUUAGAAAGCGUCAACGCGUCGUCAAGCAACCGGGUCUCCACAGCACCCACGGCGGCGGCAGUUGAGGGGCCCCCAGAGUCCAGACCGCACCGAGACCAGGAUCUCGUACCUCCGCUACCGUCUCCAGGCCUGAAGCCGCGAGACCCCGACCUCUACCCAGUAACUCAAGCCCCGCCCCUAGCCCAGCGGCCGCGAGACCUCACCCAGCAAAGAACCCCGCACUCCCAAAGGCAGCAACUCCAGCUCCGCGGCCAGCGUGGCCGCCGCGAGACCUCCACCGCCCCCCCGCUAGAGCCCCUGCCCCCGCCCAGGGACACCACUUCCCCCAUCCCCCGACCACACCCUGCCAGGCCCGCUCUCCACCCACGGCUGACUAACGCUUACUCAGGAGAGCGGGCUCGCGUCCGGGAAGACGCACAGCGCCCUAGAGAGGCUCUUUGCGGGCCAAAGAGGUGGCGGCAGCCGCCGGGCACGGGAACACUGCGACUAGCCGCCUGGCCCCGGCUCCGCCUCUUAAGCCGAGCCCGCCCCCCGUCCUUCCCCAACGGCCAAACGCGGCCCCGCCCCACUUCGGCCGCGGGGGUCGGAGGCCGAGCCUGCGCAGUACGAACAAAGAGGAUCGGUUCCAGUUUCUAGCAUAACGUUAACGUGCCCUUCUUCCGCCACAAGAAGAUUCUUCUGUCUCUAUUAUGUAACCGCUAUUUAUAUCGUGGCACCCCGGAAGCCCUCCCGCCAUCCGCGAAUGGUCUGUACCCACAUCACCUCCGGUUUUAGGUGUCAUGGCUGCCUCGAGAGACUAGUACGAGUUUGCACCUGUGCUCAGGAGGGUCCGAAACCCACACCUGAGAACCCAGCGAGGUAAAGUUGCGUCUUGGUUGUGGAGGCGACAACUUCUCCGAUUCCUCGCAAUGGCGGCGUCCGGGAGUGGUAUGGCUCAGAAAACCUGGGAAUUGGCCAACAACAUGCAGGAAGCCCA